GCAUUGAAUCGAGCCCGCACUCGCAAACAUUGCGUUGCUCGCGUCGCGUCCGUCAAAUCCACUUUUGCGUCGUUCGUGUUAACCCGUGCGGUGACGACGCAUCGCACGCGUCUAACUUUGUUGUGUUUUGUGUAACAAUGCCUUUUAUUUCAAAAGACUGGCGAUCGCCAGGUGAAGAGUGGGUCAAAACUCAAGAAGGAUGGGAGAAGAAAAAAGUGCUCGAAUGCACCGCGCAGAGAUAUCCUGCUUUAACUAACUAUAAUAACUCUGAGAAACAGGAAAAGUGGAACCAAGAUGGCGAGGAUGGCGACAAAUCAAACGACCUAACGGCAAGAGUGCCCCCACAUUGCCACAUAACUAUCAAAUGCACUAGAGAAAUUGCAGGAUUCAACGGCCUAUCAGAAGCGGUGAGACGUCUGGACUUCUCUUCAGCCGUUCGUGACGUCAGACGGUUCAACUACAUCUGCGCGUUGCUAGAACUAUUGUUAGGAGGACAGAGACUGACGCAUCUCCCUGGUGCGGCGCAGAAAUUGCUCUUGUCCAUGCUUGAGCAGUUAGCAGACCAAGUGGCAACAUCGAAACAGAACUUGAACUCGCUCCGCGCGUUAGUGGUGGCGCUCUCAGCGUUGCGAGACGCGGAGCGGCGAGCGUGCUGGGGGCGGCCGCUGGGGUCGCGUGCGCUGUGGGGGCACCACGACCAUGCCAUAGCCAGGAUCAAUGAUAUCGCUAACAGCAUACGUAUACAGGAGCCCGGCCCAGAAGUAGUGCCUAAACUUCAUGACUUGCCUGAAGAAUGUAUAAGGGAGAUAUUAUUGCGGAUAGCGGACCACAGGGAUUUGGAUUCGGCGUCUUCAGCGUGGAACGUGAUGGCGUCCGUUUGUUCGGAACAGCGCGUUUGGCGGGAACUUGUCUCGUUCCAUUUCACGCAGCAACAAUGUGAUACUCUACUGAAGGAUAAAGAAGAUAAGGACGUUGAUUGGAAGAAAACGUUCCAUCAGCUUAGGAAGUUGUACGGUUUGCGGGAGGACGCCCAGUACGCGGAGACGUUGUCUUUGUGUCGUCACUGCAAGUGCCUGUUUUGGCGGUCACUGGGACAUCCAUGCAUUGCUGAUCAGUGUCCGGAGUAUCGCGAGCGCCUAAAAGAGGCGGGCGGGCCGCUCCCCCCGCACCCCGUGCCGCCCGCAGCCUUCCUCAAGUUCUUCUCUCUGUAAACCUGGUGAUUCGACAUUAUAUUUAAAUUUCGAACAGCGAAAAAAGAAAAUUAUAUGAUGGCCAAUAGAACGCCCUUUCUGAAUGUUCGAUUGUUGAAAUUUGCAUUACCACACUCAAUGACGGGCCGCAUUCUAAUAAACAUUGAAGAAGUUUUUAAUAGACUUGCUUCCGCAAUAAAGAGUCGAAAGUUAAUUAAGCUUAAACGUGGAAAUGAUUAAAAUCAAUUAAUCACAGUCUCCAUUCUUUGCGUGCUGUGAUUGCGUCUGUUAUUGCACGUAUCUGCUUACGUAACGUAUGUGAAAAAUAUAAGUACCGAAAUGGGAAAAUCGAAAAGGCGUGAUUUUGUGACCGAUAAAACACAGUCCACUUUAGACUGAGUAUGAAAUCUACCUAGCAUGGUGGCAGUGUAAUGUUAAAUGUAUUUAGCCCAAAAGCAUGUUUGCCCCAAUGAAAUUGUAAAUUUAUAAAAAACCAGCCACAAUUUCGAUUAUAAUGAGCGCCAUGGUUUUGUUCGUCUUCGUAAGCCCUACGCGCGAAAAUGUUCUUGUUUACAAAUUAUUUAAUAGUAAAAAAAUCUUUAAUUAUUUUUUCACAUAAAGAAGUUUGAAUUUUCUUUUAAAAUGAUUGCAAAUUUGCUGAUUUAAACUUCAAUAGAUUAACUGUGGCUUAAAUGAGAGUAUAUCAAUGCAUGAAUGCAGACGAUCGAAAACGACUGAUUGAUUACGAUCUCAGCCAAACUGGCCUAUAUACUUCUACCUACAUAUAAAUAAAUUCAAAAUGUGUUCCAUUAAAAAAUUUAAUUUUAUAAAAAAAAUUACACACAUACAAUCGUUUUUACAGGAAUGAUUUGAAGAUAGAACAAUUAUUUUGAAUGAUUUUUUGAAAUAAGGAAGUGUUUACCCUAUUUAGUUUUAAAAACUAAUCUUAUUUCGUAAGGAUAGGUUUUUAUUUCACAUUAAUAAUAUUGUUUGCGCAACUAUAACUAAUAAUUUAAAAUGCUUAAACCAACUUAUUAGGUAAUGCUUUAAGAGGACUUUGUGAUAUUUCCCAAAAUUAUAAUAAAGUGUGUUGUGUUUGUAUUAUUCUUGGGUGUUGUUUGUUAUGUUUAAAUAUAAUUUAUAUGGAACUUAUAUACCUAUGGCUUUAAAAAAAUUUAAAUGUUCUCGUGCACCGUGGUUAUCAUUAAAUGGAAGUACAAAUGAUUAAUCUCAUAUCUAAAACAUGUAAGGGCACGGUUUAUUAAUUCGCCAAUAAAAUACAUUUGGUAUAUAUUUCAUGUUGAAAAUUAAAUUAUUCCAUGAAAAAGAGAAGGUUCUUUAAAUCAACGGUGGCAGGAGAGUAAUUUCAUGUUUUUAUUGGGUGUUUUGAUUUAAGUGCGCGGUAUUUUAGCUAAUAAAGUAUUAUUAAUAUUAUACAGGUCUUUAAAUAAUGUGAAAUGUGGAUGGCGCUUUUUCCUGGUUUUUAACAGCUUUUCACAAGUCCAGGUUGAGUGCUAAUGUCAAACUAUAAUUUUUUUUUUAUUGUUUAUAAAAAUUCAGGCAAUGACUUUUGCACUCGGCGUACUCGUACAUAAAUACAAGUAUUAAAUAAACAAAAAAGAAAAAAAAAGAUAAGUACCCUUGCUAGAUUAAGUUCCAGUGUUUUAGUAAUGAAAAUCGUAUUUGCAAUCCCUAUUUUUUUAUAUUUACUGCAUUUACUGCGCGUUAUAACAAAAUAAAUUUAAAUUUUCAUCAAUAUUAGGAGUGUUACGUAAAAUAGUAUAUAGAACCUACCUGCAUAAGUUUCUAGUUUUUUCCUUUCAUUUGGUAUAACGCUUUUUAUGAUCAAAAUAUGAAUAAAAGUAGACACAUCUAACAUUCUAGGUAAGAUAAAGAAAUAUUUUACUACAAUCUCAUAUGAAAUCAUAUAAAAUAAGCUAGUUUUAAGUACUCGGAAGCUUAUUUUAAAAGGCUGAUUACUAUUUCUUCUAUAAUUCUGUUAUUAUGAAGAAAUUCUCAGUGUUCAGUGUUGACUUUGAAAAAAAAACGGUCCAAAAAUGUUAAUUGUACUAUUAUUGUUAUUUUAGGCCUAAAUAAGUUCCGAUUCCAUUAUCCGUCACAGAGAAAAAAAUACCUAGAUUACAGUAGUGAUUCUUGCGUAGACCUGUUAUGGUUAAAUUAUCGCCUAACGUGAUGAUUUACGCUUAUUUGUUACAAAAAUAUCUACAAUAUUUAUGAAGCGGGUUAGGUAGAAAGUUACCUACGUAGGUACGUACAUACCGUAUUCUACGCAUUGCGAAUUAAAAACAUUAUUAUGAAUACACGAUUUAAUAUUAUACCUAUUUAAUGAAAUAAGACUAACAUACAAAAUGGAGAAUCACUUGUAUGCAGACGCUUUUUUUUAAUACUCUUACACCCUUCGAAAUGCCAAUAGCAAUAUUUGAUGUUUGCCCUUAUUAGUGGACUGAAGACGUGAUGUAUAUGCAAACAACAUUGUUUAUUAUUGUAGGAGAUUUCGAUUCAAGUAUUGCACUUGUACCUCUCAAAUGCCUAGGGUGUGUUCAUCAUACAAUAAAAUUAUAAAAUGCAUUAGUUUUUAAUGUCCAAUAUCUGUAUUGUAAGGAUAUUAUUGUAACAAAUUAUGAUCAAAAAGUUCACUUAUGUGUAGUGUAGUUGUUGAUAUUGUGAUAUUUUAAGAUAAAUUUAUUAUAAGAGUUCUCAGUCCCAUGAAGCUAACCUACAGAGUAGUUUAAUAGACCAUUGGUACUUUUAAAAGAACCAGCAAAAAAAGUUGUACCACUGUCUUUAAUUCCUUUGCAGGAAGAGACAAAAUACCUAAUUUGGAGGCCGUGCAAUUUUUUUUUUGUCAAAAGCUUAUGAGGUAAAAGCAACUGCCUCCGUAGCAUGAAAUGCGCGACGCGGUUUUUAUCGCGCGAAUAAAUAUCGCUAUCCCGUUUUACGUCAUAACCAAACGUGAAACAGCGAUAGUUUAUCGCGCGAUAAAAACCGCGUCGCGCAUGCCAUAUUACGUGAGCUGGUCACCUAAGAAUUAUUUUUGUACUUCAUCUUAUUCUUAUCUCCAUUUACAAUUUUAGACUAUCCAAUAUCUUAUUAAUUGUCACAGAAUAAAAUAAAUACUCCUAAAGUUGCUUAUGAACAGGUGUAUUGUAUUACAGCGGAUGUGUCUCUUGCCAGAUAAAAAAAAUGCUCUUUUUAUUGCAAUGCACUUGUUGCACGGAUAGCAAGCAAUGGUUCUUUUAAAAGCAUCAGGCUUAAGAGUUUAUAAAUGCAGCUUAUUUUGAGUACCUACUCCUUUCAAGUCAUUUUAGUUAAUCUGUGAUGUGUUUGUUUAUGUAAAAGGAAUUGCUUUUGUGUUCUCACUAUACUAUGGUACUUUAUAUGGUAUUUUGAAAAUAAAAUUAUUUUGAAUACAA